AUGAUCAUUUUACUCAUUUUUCUUCUUCUUGCUGUAUUAGUUAUAUUUUAUAUAGUCGUUCCAGCAAUAAUUCGUUCAAUUAUUGCUAAAAUUCAACUAGAUUUUCGUUCGAUUAAUAUUGAACAAAUUGAAAAUGAUCGUUUUCAUCUGCGAGCUCAAUUAGAAUUUUCACAUACUGGAUAUCUACCAGCUACUAUUCUUCCACCACUUAUUAUUAAUGUGGAUAACGUUGGAAUAGUGGUUCAUAAUGAAUCGAUUUCUAUUAUUGGCGACAUUGCUGGCCCAACCGUAGUUUCAAUUAAUUCUCCAUUUAUUGUGUCUGAUAUGAAAGCUUUUCGCAAUUUCGCUCGUUCUCUCACCUUUGAACCUUAUGUUGUAUGGCAUGUAAAAACUGAAGUUACUAUACAACCUAUAUCACGUCAUAUGUUUUUUUAUUCGAACAUUCCAUUUAAUAAAGAAGUUACGUUAGGUGCUUUAAAUCGUCUUCCUAAUGUAAGUGUUGAUUCAAUAAGUUUAAGACGAUCGGAUGCACAUCGAGUACUUACCGAUCUUAUUAUCAAAAUUACUAAUCCAUCUAUAUUCAGUAUUGAUCUUGGUCAAUUAUAUUUUUCUUUGCAAUACAACAAUUGCUCUAUUGGUUAUGUUGAAUCGACUAGUCACAAUAUUACGAUUCAUCCAGGUGAAAAUGUCAUACAAUUUUUCGGCGAAUUACAAUCUCUAUCAUCGGAAUCUUAUAAUGCUCUUUCUACUGUCAUUCAAAAUUUUCUUACUGGUCAAACGAGUAAUAUAGAAGCAUUAGCUGGCCCAAAUACUACAUCAUAUCCUCUCAUCACUGCUAGUAUAAGAGGUCUUUCUUUGAAUGUUCCUACGCCUCCAUUUAAUGAACAACUUAUUGCUUCAUUGACAUUUAAUUCUUUGUCUCUUAUUCCGUCGACAAAUAAGAAAGAAGUAAUGCUUUCAGCUUCAAUUAUUAUUAAAAUAAAUUCACCUCUUGGUCCAAAAUCUCCACUUAAUAUCCAAAUGAUCAAUAUCAGUGUUGCUCUUUUCUAUGAAGGUGAUUCUGUUGGUAUGCUUAAUAUUUCUCAAGCUCUAGUUAAACAACUAGAUGCAAUAACAUAUCAAUGGAAAUUUAAUGAGAAAUAUUUAAAUCUUACUGGUAAAGGUACGACGUAUGAAAAAUUUGCUCGAAAUUUUAUUAGUGCUAAUAAAACACAUCCAAUUGAUUUUCGUAUUGUUGGUGUAGUAUCUAUCGUUGGUUCAUUUGCUCUUGGUCCUUUGAAUAUUAAUCAAAUUUUGGUCGGAAAUAACGUAUCUUUAGUAGGUCUUGACAAUCUCAACAAUGUUCAUGUUGAUGGAAUUUCUAUUGAUGGAGAACAAGGAGCUGCUCUUCGACUUUCAAUUAAUACAACUAUUAAUAAUCCAGGUGUAACUGAAGUUGAACUACGAAAUUUUUCACUUCACAUAGCCGUAGGAGAAAAUGGUACGAUACUUGGUCAAGUACCAAUUGAUGUUCUUGCUAUACGACCAGGAAAGAAUACAGUUACAUUCAAUGGUCUUCUUACUCCAUCAUGUGAAACAGAUCUUCCAGUUAUUGGUAAAUUCAUUUCAGCAUAUCUUAAUGGUCAAACACAAGCAGUAACACUUUUCCAUAAUCAAUCUUCUGUAAAAAAUGCAACUGCAAUGGAUUUAACAAUAAGUGGUCUAUCAGUGAAAACUAACCUUGAUGGAAUUGAAACAAAACUAAUUCGUCAAGUCAAUGUUCUUAAUUUUGGUAUCGAAUUUGAUUCAGUUCAUGUAAAUAAAAUCUAUAUAACAGGUCAAUUAUCAGUUUUACUUGAAUUACCAUCUAACAUUGACAUGAAGUUUAAAGCAUUAAGAACUAGUAUUAAUUUUACUAUGAGUUUUAGUGAUGAACCAAGUAUAGGUCAAAUGAUUCUUCACGAUUUACCUGUUGAACAUAAUCAAACAACAAAUGAACUGUUGAUAAAUUUUAAUAAACAAGAACUUAUUGUUCUGAAUGAUGCAUCAUUUAAACAAUUAGCUGCUUUUCUCUUUCUUACAAAGAAUGUAUCAAUUAUGAUUGAAGGUUUAGCUGAAGCACUUGCUGAAGUUCGAAUAGGAAAUAUUACUCUAUCGAAUAUUCCAAUAAAUGAUACAUUUCAUCUUGUUGGUUAUAAUCAAUUUGAUAAUGGACUUCUAAAUAUUGAUAAUGUAGAUUUAAUUGGAGCUAUAUCCACUCGGGCACUUUCUCUUCACGUAAGAACGCAAAUUAUUAAUCCUUCUGUUGUUAAUAUUCUUAAUGCUGGUCGUAUUGCCUUUGAUUUAUGUGAUAUUACAAGUGGUAAAUCACUUGGUUUAAUUAUAAUCGAUCCAUUCUAUCUUCAACCACAAGGUAAUAUUACUGUACUUGAUGCUGAAGGUACUUUUAAUAUCACUAAACAAAAUGCUACUAUAGCAAAAGAAUUUAUUUCAAAUAUGAUUUCUGGUAUUGACAAUCAAGUAGAAUUACGUGGUAGAUUAGAAAAUAACUCAACUGACACUUCUAUAUCAUUACUCUCAUUCGCUAUUCCUUGUCUUCGUAUACAUACAAGAGUUCCUGGUCUUUCAGGAGAGAGAACACUUAUUCCAGAAAUUAUUCUUAGAAAAUUAACUUCUACUGAAAUAGUCAAUAUUCCAUUUGGUCGUGUCAUACAAUUAUCAACACGUAUUCGAAUUGUAAAUCCUUUUAGUACACCAUUAGUUAUUUUAAAUAUGGACAUAAGAGCUGAUUUCGGUCCUAUAGUUGAUGAAGAUCUACAAGUCGGUAUUGUUAGUAAUAAUACACAUCUGACGAUUCAUUCUCAACAAGAGUUGAUAACUCCUUAUUUAACUGUUGAACUUACAGGUAAAUUAAGUACUAUGACUGCUCUAAUAAAGCCUCUAUUGGCUGGUAGUGCUCGUCUUUCGUUAUCAGGUAUGAUCGAUAUUAGUAUUGGAGGUGAUUUCGUUUUAACUGAACUUCCACUUACUGCACUGGAUGUAGCUACAGCUGAAGAAGAUUUUAUAUAA